UGUGUAAAAGAACUUAAUUAUUUUUAAACAUGUCAUAUACAUAUAUCGAGGUCAAAGUCCUUUCCAAGUAUGACAAUGUUUUAGGUUAGGUUGCUAUCCACGUUUGCACGCAUGCGCAUUCACCGGCGUUUUCACUGUAUAUUGUAAAGUAUUAGCGGAUUUGGAUUGUUUUGUCGGACGUGUUUAGACAAUAUUUUAAAAAAUGUCACAGUAUAGAUUAUUAAGUACCGCUCUUCGUUUUUCACGCAUAAAUAAAAAUGUUAUAGCACAAACAGCAUUAUAUCCAACAUUCAGAACAUUUGCAAACACAGCUGGCACGAAACAUUUGAAGUACAAAGUUGUAGAUAAUGUAGCAGUACUUACUAUAGACUCCCCAGGAGCGAAGGUCAAUACUUUGAAUGAGGAAGUAAUGAAUGAAGUUGCAGCAGUUUUGCAAAAUGUACAAACAGAUUCGACUAUAAAUUCUAUAGUUCUUAUAAGCGGGAAGGCAGGAUGUUUUAUUGCAGGAGCAGAUAUUACUAUGAUACAGGGUUGUAAAACUGCCGAUGAUGGAUAUAAAAUAUCUUUUGAUGGACAACAAAUUUUAAACGCCAUAGAAAAAAGUUACAAGCCGGUUGUAGCUGCUAUACAAGGGAGCUGUUUGGGAGGUGGCCUCGAAGUAGCUCUGGCAUGUCAUUGUCGAUUAGCAGUUGACGAUCAAAAAACCAAUUUAGGCUUACCGGAAGUAAAAUUAGGUCUUUUACCUGGAGCAGGAGGUACGCAAAGGCUACCGCGGUUAAUAUCGCUGCCUAAUGCUUUAGAUAUGGCUCUCACUGGAAAAAAUGUUAAGGCGGUUAAAGCUAAGAAAUUUGGACUGGUGGAUAUCUUGGUAAAUCGUCUUGGUCCAGGUAUCGGAACGCCAGAAGAGAACACUAUGAGAUACUUAGAGGAGACAGCUAUUCAAGUCGCGAAAGAUGUUGCAAAUGGAACUUUAAAAAUUGAAAGAGGUCCUAAAACUUUGCCAGACAAAUUAAUGAAAUAUGCUCUCUCUUAUAAAUUUAUUAAGGAUCAAAUAUUUAAAAGAAUAAAGAACGAAACAAUGAAGAAAACGGGAGGUUUAUACCCUGCUCCGCUUAAGAUUUUAGACGUAAUACGUACUGGUCUAGAUAAAGGACCAGCUGCUGGUUAUGAAGCAGAGGCCAGAGCCUUUGGUGAAUUAGCGGUUACGCCGCAAAGCAAGGGCCUUAUAAGUUUAUUCUUUGGACAGACCAUAUGUCAAAAAAAUCGUUUUGGUACACCUAAAAGUGCUGUUAAAAAAGUUGCUGUUGUUGGUGCUGGCCUAAUGGGAGCGGGUAUUAUUCAGGUAAGCGUAGAUAAAGGUUUCGACGUAGUUAUGAAAGAUACGAACCAAGUAGGUUUGUACCGUGGAAUAAACCAAAUACAAAAAGGAAUGGAGACUGCCGUAAAGAGGAAAAAGUAUUCCGGUAUUCAAAGAGACAAGUAUCUUGCUCGGCUAGAUGCUACUUUGGAUUAUAAUUCUUUUAAAAAUGCAGAUAUCGUAAUUGAAGCUGUCUUUGAGGAUAUAGCAAUAAAACAUAAAGUUAUCAAAGAGAUCGAGGCAAACACACCGCAGCAUUGUGUAGUCGCAACGAAUACAUCGGCAAUUCCCAUUAAUAAAAUUGCCGCUGGUAGUAGUCGACCAGAUAAAGUAAUUGGAAUGCACUACUUUUCUCCGGUGGACAAAAUGCAGUUGUUGGAAAUAAUCACUCAUGACGGUACAUCGACCGAAACUAUUAAAACCGCAGUUGAUGUAGGUUUGAAACAAGGUAAAGUAGUAAUCACUGUGGGAGAUGGUCCUGGAUUUUAUACAACCCGAAUUCUAUCCGCCAUGUUAUCCGAAUCUGUUAGAUUAAUGCAGGAAGGUGUAGAUCCUACGGAUUUGGAUAGUAUGAUUAAGAAAUUCGGAUUUCCCGUUGGACCAGCCACUUUGUCCGAUGAAGUGGGUAUCGAUGUUGGUGCUCACAUAAGUGCGCACCUUGUACAAGCAUUAGGUGAACGGUUCAAGGGCGGAGAUGUAACUAUACUCAGUGACAUGGUUAAAGCUGGUUUUCUUGGUCGAAAAUCCGGAAAAGGAAUAUACAUAUAUGAAACUCAUACGAAGCGUAAGAAUAUUAAUCUCGAAGCAUUAAAUAUUUUGAAGGGACAUCAACUUGAACCAAAAGGAAGUACUUCGAUCGAAGACCGUCAAUUGAGAAUGGUGUCGCGAUUUGUUAACGAAGCAGUGCUUUGCUUAGAGGAAAAUAUUUUGGCUAAUCCUUUGGAAGGUGAUAUAGGCGCUGUUUUUGGGCUAGGUUUUCCUCCAUUUACCGGUGGCCCUUUCCGUUGGGUAGAUUACUAUGGAGCUAGCAGAUUAGUUAAAAAAAUGGAGGAAUUCCAGAGUCAUUAUGGCGAUGCAUUUAAACCGUGUCAGAUGUUGUACGAUAUGGCGUCCGAUCCAAGCAAGAAAUUCCAUAAACAAUAAUAAACGUGCCUAUGCAACGAAAGUGAUCACGUCACGCGAGAUUCCGAUGAUCACAUAACAUUUAUGAGAAUUACGAUUAUAAUAUUUGAAAGUACUAUAUUUUUUGAUAAAUAUGCAUCCCUCUCUAUUUGAUCGUUUUUGGAUAUUCUUCAGCAGAAUCAAUGCAAAGUAAUUUAUAUAGAAAUGUAUAUUUAUUAUGGAACUUUUAUACGAUAUAUAUUUUGCAAAAAUGUUUAUAUAAUAUUUUUACGCUAUAAUAUAUAGAAAUACGAACUAGAUAUGUAUAUGUAUAUUUUUUUUAAACACGUGUACUGUUUACCAUAUACAAUACCAUAAAAUAUAGUUUAUUAAAAAAUGUUAGUAAUAAAUACUCGUGCAAAACGAAGUAGUUUACUUCUGUCUUCAUUCUAUAAAGUAACAACUGUAAAAAUUGCGUGAGUGUACAUCAUUCCGUAUCAGGGUGCUCACUAAUGAAUAACCGAUACGCGUAUACGAAUAAAAUUAUCGCCUAAUUAACAUUUU